CAUCCAGUGUUACCAUUGUGUACUGGUACAGAAAGCUGUCCUUAGCUGUCUGAACUGAGCAGACGGGUUCUCCCUUGAAAAAGCCAAGAUGAAUUCUGUCAGUGAAAUUGAGUACCCAAGGAAGAUACUGGAUUAUAUGGAAGGCUUCCUUGUGUCCAAGACUCUGUUUGCUGCCUGUGAGCUUGGCGUGUUCGACUUCUUGCAGGCGGGGCCGCCCCGAUCGGCAGCCGAAGUUGCCGGGGGUCUGAAGACCAGCGUGGACGGCAUGGAGAGGCUACUCGCUGCCUGCGUCGGGCUACAGCUCCUGCACGCACACACGCAGAACGGAGAAGCUCUCUACAGUAACACAGAGCUCUCCAACAUUUACCUGACCAGAACAAGUCCAAAGUCUUUAUAUCACUCCAUCCAGUACAACUCCCAGACUAUCUACCUGUGUUGGCACUACCUGACUGAUGCUGUGAGAGAAGGGAGAAACCAGAAUGAGAAGGCGUUUGGCGUCAGUUCCUGCGAUCUUUUUGAUGCUCUGUACAGGUCAGAUGAAGAGAUGAGAAAGUUCAUGCAGCUCAUGAACUCAGUUUGGAACAUAUGUGGCAGAGAUGUUGUGACAGCCUUUGACCUUUCACCUUUUAAAACAAUAUAUGAUCUUGGAGGUUGCAGUGGCGCUUUAGCCAAACUGUGUGUGCGCGAAUACCCUGAGUCCAUGGUGACGAUUUUUGACCUCCCGAAGGUGGUGCACACAGCAAGGGAACACUUUGUGUCAUCAGAAGAGAGAAGAAUUUCAUUCCACGAAGGAGACUUCUUCAAAGACCCCCUCCCUGAGGCGGAUCUUUACAUCCUGGCACGUAUCCUCCACGACUGGACCAACACCAGGAGCCUGGAGCUGCUCACCAAGGUCUACAGAGCCUGCAAACCAGGUGGGGGAGUAUUGCUGAUUGAGGCACUCUUGAAUGAAGACCGAAGUGGCCCCCUCACCACACAGCUCUACUCCCUCAACAUGCUGGUGCAGACAGAGGGGAGGGAGAGAACUCCAUCUGAGUACAUCGGUCUCAUGGCCACGGCAGGGUUCACAGACAUCCGAGUACAGAGGACAGGAAAGAUCUACGACGCCAUUUUGGGAAGGAAAUAGUUCCAACUUGUAGUGCAAUUUUUUUCCUGUAGACUAGAUGUUGUCUUCCUUCAUCUGGUAAAACGUUCUUUUUAAUCAUUUAGGAAUUCUCCGUUCAGGCUAAGAGCUAUCCUUAAUAUUUUUUCCGGAGACACUUAACUAAAUAAGGAAAAAAACGAAAUAAGGUUAUAAUAAGGAAAAUAAGGAUUUUCUCUGUUUUGAUUAGUAUAUAUUCAGUUCUGCAGAUGCCAUCAUAGCAUUCCUUUGAUUUUUUAAAUUCUGUCCACAAGUCCUUUGGAUGCUUGUCACUUUGUCCUUUAAAUGAAGAAAUAAAGGAACAUUUGUUUUCAAA